AUGGAUGAAUUUUCAUCUAUCUACAUAGUGGAGAAGACCCAAGACUUCCUGAUAGUCAUCUUUGCCCUGAUAGGGCUGCCUGGAAAUGCGGCUGUGAUCUGGCUCCUGGGAAUUCAAAGGCACAAGAAGCCCAUCUCAGUCUACAUCCUCCACCUGGCCACAUCGGACUUCCUUUUCCUCUGUUGCCUCCUUACAUUCUACCUGUGGAAACUUAUUGACAGGUUUCCCUAUGAGUACUACAUCUACAUACACGCUCUGGGGAUGUUUUUCUACGUGACCAGCCUGCUCAUGCUCAGUGCCAUCAGCACUGAACGCUGCCUGGCAGUCCUGUUCCCCAUCUGGUACCGCUGCCACCAGCCAAGACACAUGUCAGCUGUCUUGUGUUCCCUGUUCUGGGCUCUGUCCCUACUGCUCACUAUCCUGCUGCACAUCUCACAUUGCUUUCUAUUUCAAUUUGUUCAACUGUAUAUGGGAAUGCGUUUAUUCAUAGCUUCAUUGGUAGUCAUUUUAUUUGUGGUUCUCUGUGGGUCCAACCUGGUCUUAUUGGUGAGGAUGCUCUGUGGCUCCACAAGGUUGCCACUGACCAGGCUGUAUGUGACCAUUGGACUCACAGUGCUGGUCUUCCUCCUCUGUAGCCUGCCUCUAUGUAUCAUAUCAGCCUGGGAUGAUGUGAUUCAUUAUAAAAUAGGUUAUUUUAAUUUUAUGGUCCUUGAGAAUACUGGUUAUUUGCUGUCUAGUGUCAACAGCAGUGCCAACCCCAUUAUUUACUUCUUUGUUGGCUCCUUUAGGCAGAAACAGCAUCAAGGACACCAGCGCUGGUCCCUGAAGGUUGUUCUUCAGAAGGCCUUGGAGGACGGAGGUGAGGCAGGGGAAAGUGGAGAAAGGCUUCCUCAGGAAAGUGUGGAGAUGUCAUAA